AUGCGAGCCUGGGUGGGUGUGCGACGCGGCGCCGCCCGCAGCGCCCUCGAGCUGGUUGCUGGCUUGCCGACACCUGCCAUGCCAACAGGAUCGUCGUCCGACGUCCUGAUCCGCGUAUCGCACGUGUCACUGCAAGUGAAUACCGAGAUGUUCCUGAAGGUGCCUAAACUACCUCUUACCAGCCCGUGGAUCCCGGAGCUCGAGCUGUCCGGCGAGGUGGUUGCGGCCGGCGAGGGCGCUCCCGCCGAGCUGCGCGAUGCAGGUACGCACGUUGUCGCUUUCCAGACCGUCCCCGGCUUCUUUGUCUGGGGCAACGGCGUGCUGGCUGAGUACGUCCGUCUACCUGCAAGCCAGGUCGUCCGCGUCGACUCCGCCGUUGAUAUGGCGUCGGCCUCGGGCAUCAUAUGCUCCGGCUGUGUCGCGCUCAAGAUGAUCCGCGCGGUGGGUGUGCGCGAAGGCCACACUGUGCUCGUCAAUGGAGCGAGCGGAUCAGCUGGCUCGGUUCUUGUGCAGUUGUGCAAACUGCGUGGUGCUAAGGUUGUCGGCGUGGCUAGCGGUGGGAAUGAGGCUAUGGUGCGCGGCAUGGGCGUAGAUGAGUUCGUCGAUUACCGCAGGCACGAUCCGCUCCCAGCCUACUUGGCGGAGCAUUACGGAGACAGGCCGUUCGAUUUUAUCCUCGAUUGCGUCGGCACGCAGGCGCUUUUUGCCAACUCGCCUGCCUAUCUUAAACCCGAUGGUGCCCUGGUCAACAUCGGUGUGCUCGAGGGAAUUCUAGGGAUGACAGUCAACAUCCUGCUCAAUACCUUGCUACCCACCUGGCUGGGUGGCGUGCCCCGUCGCUACAUCAUGUUCAGCUCGCCACCGGUGCGCGACGACAUCGUCUAUCUUACACGUCUGGUCGAGGAGGGUCGCCUGCGUAUCCCUGUUGACUCCGUCCACGAUAUGGAAGACGGAUUGCUCGCCUACGAGCGCAUCGCAACCAAGCGCGCGAGGGGUAAGGUUGUCAUUAAGGUGCGCAAUGAGUAA